AUGGAUCCGAUACGGGAAGAAGCCAUCAACAACGAGCGUCACGUCAAAGUGAUUUGUGUUGGAGCUGGUGCUUCUGGUUUGUGUUUGGCAUACAAACUGCAACGAUCAUUUCGAUCAUAUUCCCUCACAAUCUAUGACAAGAAUCCAAAAGUGGGAGGUACCUGGUAUGAGAAUAGAUACCCCGGCUGCGCCUGUGAUGUACCUUCUCACAACUACGUUUACUCCUUCCAGCCAAAGGCAGACUUUUCUGCAGUAUACGCUGGCUCCGAUGAGAUACAGGGUUAUUUCGAGCAAUUUACGCAGACAUAUGCGCUUGAGAGACAUUUGAAGCUCUCACACUUAGUAGAGAAGACGACCUGGCAGGAGGAUGAAGGUAUCUGGAAGGUAGAGACCAGAGAUCUAGCGACCGGAGCAACUGUUCAUGACUGGUGUAAUAUUCUUGUUCAUGCUUGUGGAUAUCUGAAUAAACCAGCAUGGCCCAAGCUUCCCGGACUCGAGGAUUUUCAGGGCAUCAAAGUUCACAGCGCAGACUACGACACGAGCAUAUCUCUAGAAGGCAAAAAAGUGCUCCUCAUCGGCGCUGGAUCUUCUGCAGUGCAGAUUCUUCCAGCUAUCCAACCUGUCGUCAAGGAGGUGACGAUUUUCAUCAGAUCGCCCGCAUGGGUCUUGCCAGAUAUCUCGACUGAGGCAGGAGAUUACACGCCUGAGGAAAUUGCGAAGUUCAUGAGAGAGCCAGAAACUGUCUUGGAGCUGCGACAGAACAAUGAGAGGACCAUGAAUAGCUUGUUCACCCUCUACCUCAAACAAACGAAACUGCAAAACCAAUGCAGAACGCUGCUCACAACAGAGAUGAAGAAGAUUCUCAAUGACAAGGAAGCUGAAGAGAUGUUGAUUCCGGAGUUUUCAGUCGGGUGUAAGCGAGUUAUACCCUCAGGCUUCAGAUAUCUGAAGACAUUGAAACAAGAAAACGUAAAGCCUAUCUACAGUGGCGUCCGGUCUUUCACAUCAACAGGUGUCAUUGCUGAAGACGGAACUGUCCACAAUGGCGACGUUGCGAUAUGUGCUACAGGUUUCGACACUUCGUAUAUUUCGCGAUAUCCAAUUUACGGGCCGGCGGGGCGAAAUCUUCAAACCGAAUGGGCCGAUUCCAUAAUGGGAUACAUGGGCGUGGGAAUAUCCGAGUUCCCUAAUACCUUUACCUUCUUGGGCCCUUACACGCCCGUGUCCAAUGGUCCGACGCUGAUAGCAAUUGAGGCCCAAGCUGACUAUAUUUGUGCCUGGAUAGAUAGAUACCAGACCGAGCCUUCGAUGCAUAGCAUGGCACUGAGAAGGGAAGCCUGUGAUGACUUCAAAUCCCACGUGGCGAAAUUCAUGAGUGGCGCCGUCUGGACCGACAGCUGUCGCAACUCACACAAUAAUCACGCGAUUGGCGGGCGCGUUCCCACCACCUGGCCCGGCAGCACAUUGCAUUACCUCGAGGCGAUUCGGGAGCCGCGUUGGGAUGAUUGGGAGGUCACGUAUAAAGGCAACCGCUUCAGUUGGCUGGGCAAUGGUACCUCGCAGACGGAAUGGGAUCCUACAGCAGAUUUGGCUUACUACAUUCGGCAAAAUGACAACAAUGGCGCGUGGAGUGCCCGAUGGAGGAGGGAUGCAGUCACAAACAGGAGCGGCAGUCAGCCACUAAGAGAGUUGCACCGCCUGCCUAAAUUGGAGGUGCAGGCUGGUUGUGCUGAUGUGCAGACUGAGAAGGUUGAGCCUAUGGUCCAGUCAGCGGCGGGAAGCUCUUAG